AUGGACGAGCUUAACUUCCACGCUGCCUUCGAGGCCAUCAAGACCCUCAACGCCAGCGAGGGGCCUGCCUCUAACAUCUUUGAGCCGAAGUUCGAGGCGCGCCACCAAGCGGAGCAGCUGCGUGACACGAUCAUGAAUGUCUACCGCGACGAGGCCUCCUCGCGCGCGCUCGAGCAACUGUGCCGAUGUCUCGUGCUCAUCGGCACGACAAUGAUGGAGGUGGAAGAGGAAGAGGAAGGCUACAAGGAGGUUUGCCGUGCGUAUCAGGUGAUGCAGUGGUGCGUGACAGCGGCGCUGCCAUCCACCGACGCCGUUCGCACCGUGCAGGCGGUGGAGCAGGACGUCAUUCUCAACGCCACCUCAGCCGAGUGCACAGCUGCAGCGUCCUCUGGGUAUGAAGGGUGCGUAGGGUACAUGGCCGUGCACAACGCACUUGGUUUUUACUUUUCCAAAGUGGACCUGGGCAAAGCCAAGACGGUGCUCGACCGAGCAGAGGCCCUGUACAACGAGUGGGCCGCUUGGUGGGAAGGCCAGUCAGUCCACUGCGAGAUUGCGGAGGUGCCCGUCAACGAAGACGGCACCCUCCGCACUAACGAGAUCGCGGCGGACCGUGUGGCGCCGAUACUCCUGCGCUUCUACAUGGACAGCAGCUACACCGCUACUCUCUUCUUCAUGGCGCAGCUGCACACGGCGCAGCAGAACGCUGCCACCGCCUCCCAGUACUGCCAUCGUACCUUGCACUACCAGCUUCUGAACAAGCAGGAGUUCAACCGGAAAUCGUGGGCUACCAACGCGCUUCAGCUCAGCGGAUUCUACAGCAGCCACUUCGCCUACGACAAGGCGUUUCACUGCCUCGUCGCCGGGCAGAAGCUGAUGCCGGUCACCGAGGAGCCAGAAGAGGCCAAGGGACUGGUCGCGUGGGCCUUUGGCCGUUUCUAUCUUCAUCGCCUGCACCACUAUGGUAGACUCCUUACGGGUCGUGAACCAGACAACGAGAACGAUGACACGCUCGUGCAGCUGGCGAAAUCUUGGCGUGGCUUCCCUGGGAUGCCGCCGCUGCAGCCCCAGCCCCCUAUCACCACCUUCGAUGAGGCACGCGAGUGCUUUAAGGAGGGAAUCAAGUGGCUGCAGGAGGCGCAGGCGUGCCGUUCUUUUGAGUUGUUCUGCACUGAGCACAUCGACAUUGCGCGUGAUAUGGUGCAGCUAUACGCUGCGCUCCAGUUAUUCGAGCCGAAUCGCGCACGCCGCAUCGCCAUGAUGCAGCGGCAGACACACCUGCUCGAAGAGUUUCCAGAGCAGCUCAGCUUCAACGCUUACCCAGUGGUAGUGCGACAGCUGCUGUACGACCUCGGCUCUCUCUACGAGGACCAAGUGCGGCUGCGGGCUCAGCAGCGCAAACAGCCACACCCCGAUGAGAAGCCGCUCAAGGACAAUGCGUUCAACGCAGUGGUGCGCAAGACGUUGGGGUAUUACGAACGCUUCUGCGAAACAUGGCGCCAUCCCACGACGCAUGCCAUCCCAGAUGUGUUGGAGGAGGAUUCACGCCUGCCCUUCUUCAGGGCCCUGAUGCGUUGUGCCCAGGUGCAGCUCAGCUACGCAUACCACACCCCGAAGGAGGAGUAUGACGGCAUCGGCGUGUCGUGCAAGGCCUACAGUCGCGCCAUUGACUUCUACGAGAAGAACCCGCUCUCGAAGGAGCUGGAUGCGGAGGUAUCAAAGGAGGUCGAGCUGGCCCGCGAGAUGCUGAAGCUGCUACCGGUGAAGCAGCGUGACCUGUGGAUUGCGUAUCAGCGCAACUCCGCGUAG